AUGCUCGUCACCAGCAAGCAGUUGAAUAUCGGUCGCUCCCACAGUUGGGACACCCUGGGGGGGAAUGAGGGGCAGUGGGCCGGGGGAGAAAGCGUUUACGACCACCAAGGCAGGAUUGCGGGCCGACGGAACUCGCUGUCUUACAGGGGAGACAGAGGAGGUUACUACGAGCCACCCCCUGGGGUGCGCCCUCCUGACCUGGAUCUGAAACGAGACCCCUACUCCUACCAGGACUCUCUGUACAGCCAGCAGGGCUACGCUGCUGAUCCCCGGGAAAUGAGAAAGGGCUCAGUCCCUGAGCUAAACCACUACGACCGUCCAACCAUGGCUCAUAGUCAUCAAGGAUCCGUCGUCUCACAGGAAUAUUAUCCCCAUGACCCUGCUAUGGCUCCCCGACCACCGGAGGAUCCCCGGGGCUUCUACCGGGUGGAGCAGCAGCCACAGCAGCCACAGCCUCACCCGCUUAACAGAUCCCCGUCCCACUAUGGGAUGAACCCAGUGGGACGGCUGCCAUGGGACCAGAGACAGGGAGGGAGGCCCGGACCUCCGGGUCCUUCAUCGGCUUCUCCUCUUCCUCCUCCCCCUCCUCCGCCAACUGCCCAUGGCAUGAACCAGGUUUACAGUCAGCCUGCAGCUGUAGCUGCCGCUGCCAAGAUGAUGCCAGAUGGCCAGCGCUCUCCUGCUCACUAUGGGAUGGAACAACCAUCUUCGCCUCGGUACGCAUCUGAGCCACCCCCUCUAGCUGGACAGCCGGUCUACACCGACAUCAACGGCCGUCCCCUGGACAAUCGGCAGCAGCAGCCCGCAGCCACCUGCCUGGUGGUGGACCCUAACACUCAGGGACUGGACGGGAGCAUGCAACAGCGAGGUAUGAUGAUGAGGCAGGAUUGCACCUCGCCCUACGGAGUACAACAACAGCCUCCACAGACCAACAUGCAGAUCUACAACCCCAACCCUCCUCUCGCCGCCCCUGCUCUUGCCCCUCUUCCUCCCCCACCAGCCCCUGUAGCCCUCCCCCCUCCACCUCCCACAGCCCCCCAGACGCCUGCAGACCCAAAGAGGAACGCCGACCCAGAGUUCCUGGCUCUGCUUCGCAAUGAGGGUCUCUCAGAGAGUACCAUCUCCUCACUCAUCCAGCAGGGCUUUGACACAACCGGUAUGCUGGCAGUCAUGGAAGAGAAUGACGUGCGCUCUGUGGCUCCCAAUUUAGGGCAGGCGCGGGUGCUUUCGCGGGUAGCCAUCAGUGUCAAGAGGCCCUUGGAGCAUACACCUACGACCCAGCAACAGGCCCCCAUGCGGGGCCGCUCCAACAGUUUCAGCCACCGCUCUGACAUGUACCUCCAACAGCAGCAGCAACAGCAGCACCAACAUCAUCAGCAGGCCAUGGCAAUGGGCAUGGAUCCACGGCUGAUGCCACCACAGACCCCUGGUGUCAUGCAGACCAUCUCCCCCGCAAUGGCCGAGGCCAUGGCCAGGAGGCCCAACAGCGCUCCCUCUCAGCACCUCCUAGAAACCACCCAGGGCUACCCAGGACCUCGUACCCCGGGGCCCUACAGUGGCGCCAUGGUCCCUGUCCAGUCCCGGCCCGUGUCUGCAUACUCCCAACACCCGGGGGCUGCAAUGCAAGCCAUGCAACAACAGCAGAUGCCAGUGUCCAUGCCUGCCCUGCCGCCACCUCAGCAGGCCCCGAAGGCAUACUCCACCAACUACACAGUGCCCAUGGAGUUGAUGAAGCGGGACCGCAGCCUGCAACCCAUGUCGCCCAUGCACAGCCCCCACCUCAGCCCUCAGAUGAUGCGCAAGGCUGGGGGCACCCCGUCUGAUGGCGCCAUGAUGCCCGUGGGUACCACCAUGCAGAGCCAGAGUGCUAUGGCCGCCAACCAGAAGCUUAGCCGCCGUACCGGCCCACCUGUCAUCGUCUCCACCAUGGCAUCACCAGAUACAAGUAUCCGGCCCCAGAUCAUGAAUGGGCCGAUGCACCCUCGCCCCCUAGUGGCCCUGUUAGAUGGGCGUGACUGUACAGUAGAGAUGCCCAUCCUCAAAGACCUGGCCACUGUUGCCUUCUGUGACGCCCAGUCCACACAGGAGAUCCAUGAGAAGGUGCUGAACGAGGCAGUAGGGGCCAUGAUGUACCACACCAUCACCUUGACCAGAGAAGACCUGGAGAAAUUCAAGGCUCUACGCAUCAUCAUCCGCAUCGGCAGCGGCUACGACAACAUCGACAUCAAGGCGGCCGGAGAGAUGGGCAUCGCGGUGUGUAACAUCCCGUCGGCGGCGGUGGAGGAGACAGCAGACUCCACUCUGUGCCACAUUCUCAACCUGUACCGGCGGAACACCUGGCUGUACCAGGCUCUCCGGGAGGGCACGCGGGUCCAGAGCGUGGAGCAGAUCAGAGAGGUGGCGUCCGGAGCCGCCAGGAUCCGAGGAGAAACGCUGGGCCUCAUCGGCUUCGGUCGUUCAGGGCAGGCGGUGGCGGUGCGGGCCAAGGUGUUUGGCUUCAACGUGAUCUUCUACGACCCGUACCUGCAGGACGGCCUUGAGCGUUCGCUGGGUGUUCAGCGUGUCUACACCCUGCAAGACCUGCUCUACCAGAGUGACUGUGUCUCCCUGCACUGCAACCUGAACGAACACAACCACCACCUCAUCAACGACUUCACCAUCAAACAGAUGCGUCAGGGUGCGUUCCUGGUGAACUCUGCGCGGGGAGGUCUGGUGGAUGAGAAGGCCUUGGCUCAGGCCCUGAAAGAGGGCAGGAUACGAGGGGCCGCACUGGACGUUCAUGAGUCAGAACCCUUCAGUUUUACCCAGGGUCCUCUGAAGGAUGCCCCUAACCUGAUCUGUACUCCUCACACGGCCUGGUACAGUGAACAGGCCUCACUAGAGAUGAGAGAGGCAGCCGCCACAGAGAUACGCAGAGCCGUCACUGGCCGUAUCCCCGACAGUUUACGAAACUGUGUCAACAAGGAGUUCUUUGUUACCACGGCACCCUGGACAGUGGAGCAGCAGCAGAUGCAGCAGCAGAUGCACCCUGAACUCAACGGUGCUGCGUACAGCCGAGUCAACCAAACCAUGGUACAGGCCAUAGCAACUGGGGGAAUGCAAGACAAAUUAUAUACCUAA